GGGGGAAACUGAGACCAGCCCAGGCAGGAGGAGUGCCGAGGAGCUCAGAGCGAGCCAGUGGUGCGCUCCGGCCGGGCUGGCGUUCGCUCCGUGAACAACCUGCGGGAGGCACGGUGGGGGCCGGCUCCAGGGCUGGGCCCCCGAGAGAGCGGAGGGGGCUUAAGUGGACGCGAUUGUUGCCUGCCUGGGGCGUCCAGCAGCAAGCACCGCCGUGCAAGCGAACGCACAGAUUCAAACCGGGACCGUCCCUUUGGGAGAGGCAGACACAGAUCUAAGGGGAGGCCAGGUGUCGGUCUGUGGUCAGGGAAGGCUUCCUGAGGGUGGUGGCCCGUGAGCUGCAGGGGCCGGAGGAAAUACAUCCCUAGGCAGAGGGCACAGCCCCAGGCGGAGGGGCCCUGAGUUGGCAAAGGGCUUGAGGCCAUGAGGCAGGUCCAGCCUUCAGGGCAGACAGGAGGCUUACGCUGUGUCCAGUACCGUGAUGGGCGGACAGAACGCACCGUCUGCAUGGACUGCGCAGGCGUGCACGCCGCUCCUACGCCCCAGACUUAAGUCAGGUGCAGAGAGAAAGUUGCAGGCAGGGCAUGUGCCACGAAGGGGAGGAUAUCAGUAUGUUACCUACGUGUAGGGCUCUCUGAACUUCUCGACUCUCAGGCUGACAUUGGCAAAGCUGUGUUUCUGGGCUCGCGUCUGUUCCGUUGGUACGUUGUUGCCAGUGCCACACCUUUUGAUGACCUGAGCUCUGUGAUAUGUUCUGAAAUCAGGAAGCAGAUGUGACAAUGGAUCAUCAUGUUUCCACCAUCAAACCUCGCCGAAUCCAGAACCAAAAUGUCAUCCACCGCUUGGAGCGCCGGCGCAUCAGCUCGGGCAAGGCAGGCACCCACUGGCACCAGGUCCGCGUGUUCCACCAGAACGUCUUCCCCAACUUCACCGUGGUCAACGUGGAAAAGCCGCCCUGUUUCUUGCGUAAAUUCUCACCCGACGGGCGCUACUUUAUUGCCUUCUCUUCAGACCAGACGUCUCUCGAGAUCUAUGAGUACCAGGGCUGCCAGGCAGCCGAGGACCUGCUGCAGGGCUACGAGGGGGAGAUCCUGUCCAAUGGCAAUGACCAGCGGUCGGUCAACAUCCGCGGGCGGCUCUUCGAACGGUUUUUUGUCCUGCUGCACAUCACCAACGUGGCGGCCAACGGGGAGCACCUGAACCGGGAGUGCAGCCUGUUCACCGACGACUGCCGCUGUGUCAUCGUGGGCUCGGCUGCCUACCUCCCGGACGAGCCUCACCCCCCUUUCUUUGAGGUCUACCGGAACAGCGAGUCCGUGACCCCCAACCCGCGGUCCCCUCUGGAGGACUACUCCCUCCACAUCAUUGACCUCCACACCGGCCGCCUGUGUGACACGCGCACCUUCAAGUGUGAUAAAGUGGUCCUGUCUCACAACCAAGGGCUGUACUUGUACAAAAACAUCCUGGCCAUCUUGUCGGUGCAGCAGCAGACCAUCCACGUCUUCCAGGUGACGCCCGAAGGCACGUUCAUCGACGUGCGGACCAUUGGCCGCUUCUGCUAUGAGGACGACCUGCUCACCGUCUCCGCCAUUUUCCCCGAGGUUCAGCGGGACAGCCAGACGGGCAUGGCCAACCCCUUCAGGGACCCCUUCAUCAACUCCCUGAAGCACCGGCUGCUCGUCUACUUGUGGCGCCGGGCAGAGCAGGAUGGGAGCGCCAUGGCCAAGCGGCGCUUCUUCCAGUAUUUUGACCAACUGCGGCAGCUGCGCAUGUGGAAGAUGCAGCUUCUGGAUGAGAACCACCUGUUUAUCAAGUACACGAGCGAGGACGUGGUCACGCUGCGGGUCACAGACCCGUCACAGGCGUCUUUCUUUGUGGUGUACAAUAUGGUGACAACAGAGGUGAUCGCGGUGUUUGAGAACACGUCCGACGAGCUCCUGGAGCUCUUUGAGAACUUCUGUGACCUCUUCCGGAACGCUACCCUGCACAGCGAAGUCCAGUUUCCCUGCUCAGCGUCCAGCAACAAUUUUGCAAGGCAGAUCCAACGCCGGUUUAAAGACACUAUUGUGAACGCCAAGUAUGGGGGGCACACCGAGGCCGUGCGCCGGCUGCUGGGCCAGCUCCCCAUCAGCGCCCAGUCCUACAGUGGCAGCCCCUACCUCGAUCUGUCGCUCUUCAGCUACGAUGACAAGUGGGUGUCCGUCAUGGAGCGGCCCAAGACGUGUGGCGACCACCCUAUCAGCAAAUGCUUUUCAAAUACCCGGGUUCCAGGAAGGACUGUGAAAGGCGCCAGAGGCCGUGGAUCCAGCAGCUGCUCUUGGGAGAAGGAAGUGUGUGUGCCAGCAUGGAAGAUAGCCAUCUGCCAGGAUUGUUUCCCUCCCUCGGGUUUUCUCCGGGGAACUGCUACAGCUGCAGGGGCUGGGCGUAAUUGCAUGUUCUCGCGUGGAAGCAUGCGCCCAUCUGGGCCGUCUGGCCGUGCAGGUGGGAGAGUGAGCAGCUCUGUGGCCACGGUAGAGACAGACGCUGUUGAGCACGUACUGCAGUCGGGGCAGUGGGAGCUGGCAAGCGCCAGUUGUCCCUCGAGGGAUCAGACUGGUUGUUCCUGGACGGUUGAGCCAUCACAGCUGCCCUGCAAACACCUGCCGGCGCCAGCCUGUCACAUUCUCAGCUGUCUCCUCCAGGGGGCUUGUCAGGCUGUUAGGUUUCAUCUUCAUAACGUGCCCAUUGUUCGUGUCGCGAACUUGCCGGGUGACAUCUGAGUGCGACGGUAGCUUUGGAAGGAGCCAUGGCUGUAGACAGCUGGCCCUGUACCCUUCCACUGCCACAGCGACUUCCCUGGGGACCUAGGAAUGGGAGAGGAGAUGCCAAGCCCCAUCAAAACAUUUUGGGAGAUUUUAUCAUUGUCAUUUAGUUAGUACUCAACACAGGAUCUGACCACCUGUGUUCACCUGCGAGGAGUCAGGUAGGUGCUGUGGCAAGAUGUUGAGGAGAGAAAGAGGCAGAUGAAGGGAAAGCUCCAGUACUGUCUGGGACUUCUGGGGCAACAUUUCUUUAAGCACACAGCCCCCCAUUUCCCCUAUCCCGCACCCUACGAUCAUACUCGGGAAGCCUUAGGGUGAAGCUGACCCUCAGGAUGGCAGAAUGAAGGGAAGAACCCGGACCACCGAUGGCAAGGGUGACAAGCUCACGACCUGGGAGCCCGGCUGCCAUCUGGAUUUCCAGGUCUGUGAGCAGUACGUUUCCUGCCGUUGAAGGCAUGAAUCGGGCUUUGCUCCCGGCAGUGAAAGCAAUCAGUAGGUGCAGAGAGAAAGGCAGGGCCCCAGAGGAGAAUCUUGGUCCUGAGUCCCUGCUGCUCGGCACCGGUUCAGUUCCAGUUGUCAGGAGACCCUGUGCUUGAUUCCUGUCCUGGGGUUUCUGUAAGAUGCCUGCCUCUCCCACGGUCCCUGCAGCCACACCGGAGCUGGCCUGGAGGUUUCUUGUAGCUAAAAGGACUUAACCUGAAAUGGGAGAUAAAGCACUCGGCCUAUUGAGUACUUGACCCACGUUAAGUUCUCAACUCCUACGUGUUUGCUUGUAUUAACGUCGUUUCUAAAGGAUUCAAGGCUGCUCAGUCAGUCUGUGUCUUCGCUCCACAAAUGUCCAAUGGAUCUCAAGGAUCUUUGGAGAAAAAGAUCUUUGAAACAAAAAUGUGUUGUUUUUUUUAAAAUAUUUUUAUUGAUUUCAGAGAGGAAGGGAGAAGGAGAGAGAUAGAAACAUCAAUGAUGAGAGAGAAUCAUGGAUCGGCUGCCCCCUGCACG